CACCCACCUGUGCCACUCUGCAGUGUCACACACCUGUGCCCAGAAGUGCCACCUACCUGUGCCCAGCAGUGCCACCCCUGUGCCUGUGCCCACCCACCAGUGCUGCCCACCAGUGCCACCCACCAGUGCAGCCACCAGUGCUGCCAGUCAGUGCCCAGCGGUUGUGCCAGUCAGUGCUGCCAGUCAGUGCCCAGCAGUGAUGCCAGUCAGUGCCGUCUAUCAGUACCCAUCAUCAUGCCCAUCAGUGCCGCCUAUCAGUGCCCAUCAGUGCUGCCUCAUCAACGCACAUCAGUG